AUGAGUAAUUCGUUGGAUAUCCAAUUGCGGCCGUACGCUCCGGCCGAUCCACUGCCACCGGUCAGUAUGGCGCGACGCUUGAGCAUCCUUUUGCAGGGAUUAGUGGAUUUGGUGGUGAUUUUAGUUUCCAGCAUUCCGCUGUGGAUCGAAAUAUUGGUGGAAAUAGUGAAGCCAACACCGCCGAAGAACAUCGGCGGUCAGUCGGCACUGGUGACGGGUGGAGCCAACGGAAUCGGUAAAGCCAUUGCGACCGAACUGGCCAAGGAGGGCUGCAAUGUGGUCAUCGUGGACGUAGAUCACACCAACGCGGAGAAGACCGCCAUCGAGCUGAGGCAAUUUAAUGUUUCGACGGUAGCCUACAAGUGCGACGUCGCCGAUUACGAGCAAGUUCGUCAACUUUAUCGGGAAGUGGAACGGGAUAUUGGCCCGAUCGACAUCCUGGUUAACAAUGCCGGAUUGCUACCGUUCCUUUCGGCGGAGGAAAACCAUCCGUCGGGAAUUAAACGAAUGAUGGAUGUUAACGUUUUAGCUGGAUUUUGGACCGUGGAUCAGUUUCUGCCCGCUAUGAUGCGACGACGAAGGGGUCACAUAGUGGCGAUUGCUUCCGCUUCUUCUUACACUCCGGUUGGGUGGAUGAGGACAUACGUAACCUCCAAGUAUGCAGUUCGUGGCUACAUGGAAGCACUGGACGAAGAAAUCUACCUGAAAGGUCAAGCAGAGGCGGUGAAAACGACUACGGUAUUUCCGUUUAUUAUCAACACCCGAAAGCAACCGAUGGAUAGAAUGAAACGAAUGCCGGGCGUGGCAUCGAUGCCAAUUUUCUCGCCGGUACAAACCGCAAAGGCGGUGGUGAAUGCGAUUAAAACAAACAAAAGGAAGGUGGUGGUUCCGGAUGCUAUCAAAGCCUGGCAGCUCAGCUUUUAUGAACAUAUACCUAUCAAAAUUCGGCGAUUGAUGGAUCGAACCGUUCUGAAGGGUAGACCCAUUGUACUGGAUUAG